AUGGACUUCGCCAAGGAAGUUGUCGUUCAGGCGGCGCUGUCCGAGAUCCUUGGCCGCAUCUUCUCCUCCCUGCUAGACGGCCUUCGCCGGCCGACCGACGGUGGCGCCAGGGACGCGCACCGCCGGCGGCUGGAGCGGUUGCUUGGCAGUAUUGGCAGCAUGGUCGAGGAGGCGGAAGGGCGGCACAUCAACAACCACCAACUGCUCGGCCACCUCAAGGUCCUCACCGAGGGCAUGUACCGCGCCCGCUUCGCCCUCGAGGCGGCCGACCUCGACGACGCCCAUGACGCCGACGCCACGGACGACGACGGUGACCACAUCGUCCGGCGCCGCUCGCUCGCGCUGCUCUCGCCGUUCAACAGGGCGAAGCGUUCCCGCAUCACGAGCCUGAUCUGGGGAGCUGGCGCUGGCGCCGGGGACAACGACGGUGGGUCGAUGCAGAGGUUGGCGGCCGCCAGCGAAGAGCUGGAGGGCCUGACGCACGACUGCACGAGGGAGUUCGUGCUUCUCGUCCAGGGGUACCCGCGCAAAGUGCACCGGGCGGUGCGGACGACGCUGUACAUGGACCGCUGCGUGUUCGGACGGCACGUCGAGACGGAGCGCAUCGUCGACUUCCUCCUGCAGCAACAUGGCGGAUACCUGAGCGCGCUCGCCGUCGUCGGCGCCAAGAAGGUCGGGAAGACCACGGUUGUCAAGCACGCCUGUGGGGACGAGCGCGUGCGGGGCCACUUUGCGCGCGUCGAGUGGUUCGAGACGCCAGAAGUCGUGAAGGCGGGAGGCCAGCCGGGGCAGACCGCGUGGGAGAGCGACGGACCGGAGUAUCUCGCCGGCGUGCGCCGCAUCAUCAGCGAGCCGCGGGAAGGCCGAUCGCUCCUCGUGUUCGACGACGCCUGGCCGGUCGACGCGUCGGCCUGGCGCGAGCUCGCAUCGUCGACCACCACGGGCGCGGGCGACUGCAAACUCAUCUUCACGUGCCGCGACGCCGACCUCGCCCGGGACAUGAGCACGGCGGCGGAGCCGGUGGUGCUGGGCAAGGCCCCGAUGGAGGAGUACUGGUACUACUUCAAGGCGUUCGCGUUCGGCGGCGGUGCGGACCCCAGGGACCACCCUCGGGCCGCGGCGGUCGGCCGGGAGAUCUGCGAGCGGCUCGACCGCACGUACCUCGACGCCAGGGUGCUGGGUGGGCUGCUCGGGGCCAACCUCGGCGACGCACCGUUCUGGCGCCGCAUGCUGGCGGCCCUCGCGCGGUGCGAGCGGCGGCCGCUGCACGUCGGCGUCCUGCUCGAGCUCCUCCCCGUGAACGGCAGGAGGCUGCAGUCGUACGGCUACUGCCGGAGCCCGCCGAAUGUCACCGUGCAGGACGUGCUCGGCGGGAGGGCCAGCGGCGGCUCCGAUGAGGAUGGCUCGAUGACCGUCCAUCUCUGCAGGGAGACGCUGUACAUGGAUCACUGGUACAGCAUCACUUUCAAGAAGUACUAG